GCAUCUUUAUGUUAUGACUCUGCUAUAUUAAUAAAAAUCAUGGUUUCAUACAUGCAAGUUGUGGAGAAUUUAAAUCUUGUGGGCGUAGACCAUGCCUAUGUAUGUACAGCUAUAUCUUCAAAUAGGGUGUUUCUUUCUCACUGUGGUCUGAGGCUAAAAAAGUCUGGCACAAAAGUACCAAGGAUGGAACUGGAAGAAGUUGGUCCCUCCAUGGAUUUUGUGGUACGCCGGCAUCGUCUUCCUAAUGACAGCCUAAGGAAAGAAGCCAUGAAAACAACCAGGGAACAGCCUAAGAAGAAGGUGGAAAAUGUUAGCAAGGAUGAAAUACAGGGCAAGAUCGGGAAGAUAUAUAUGCCAGAUCAGAAGGUUGGAGAUGUCGCUCUACCUAACAUAGCGAAAGGUGUGAAGAGAGAGCGCCGUGAAGCUAAGUUGAAAAAUGCGGAAAACACCCUGUUUCUUGAAUUAUUAUCUAUUAGUUUAUUACAAUACAGAUCCACGUUUCUUGUCUAUCUCAUUAAGCUACCUGGAGCAGAUAGAGGAUUUGAAUGUCAUAAACUGCAGAUUCGAAGAAGCUUAGUAGCUGAUGCCCUAUUUAUUGUCUAUCUCAUUAAGCUACCUCCGUAUAUACAAGUUCCUCUGGCAUUUCUUAUUCAUUUCCAAGUUGAUCAUCGUCCUUAUUUUUAUGACGAAUCAUUUUGGUGUUUCCAUGUUUAUGAAGUAAUUGCUAUGUUAGAAAGAUGA